AUGAGUGUUUUUAGUGAGGAGCCUUAUUCAGAACAAACAAUCCUACUCAGACUCAAGCGACACUGGUCCAAUCCACCCUCCAUCAACCACUGGACACCAUCACCACCAAACUCCAACUCCUCCAUCCACUGUAAUUGGCCUGAGAUCACCUGCUCCAAUGGCUCCGUCACCGGACUUUCCCUCAUCGACAAAACCAUCACCGGACCAAUCCCAACGUUCAUUUGUGACCUCAAAAACCUCACCGCUAUUGAUCUCCAGAACAAUUACAUCCCCGGACCCUUCCCUACGGCUCUCUACAACUGUACCAAGCUUGAACAUUUGGACCUCUCCCAAAACUUGUUCGUGGGCUGCAUUCCAGGCGAUGUCGACCGGUUGUCGACUCAUCUCCAGACCUUCAAUCUCAGCGCCAACAACUUCACCUGCGAAAUCUCAACUGGGUUGUCUUCUUGGAAGAAUUUAACAGUGUUCAGUGCAAGUAACAACCUCUUUGUUGGUACAAUUCCCCAAGAAUUGACAACAUUUUCUCAAUUGACAGCUCUGCCACCCGAUGGGAAUCUAUUUUCCGGUCAUCUUCCAUCAGAUAUUGUCUCGUGGAAGUCGCUGACCACUCUGAAUCUCAGUCGAAACCAACUCUGGGGUUCAGUUUCUGCCAAACUUGGUUCUUUACCAAGCCUCACUGUUUUGGACUUGUCAAGGAAUGAGUUCUUAGGUCAAAUUCCAACUCAGAUUGGCCAUUUGAAGCUAACUUCCCUCAAUUUGUCUUCCAACUGUCUCACUGGAAGAAUCCCAGCUGAGUUUGAAAAUACUUUUUCCGACGGCAGCUUCUUAAACAACACCGGUCUUUGUGCAAGCAAUCCAUCACUCGGCCCUGAGAUCUGCUCUUCUAGAUUUGAAAACUCGAGCAAAAUAUCCUCCGGGCUCCUCGCUAUAAUCGUAGUUAUAGCAACAGUCUUACUCGCAUCAGCUACACUACUCACAUUCUUCCUAAUUAAAACUUGCUGGAAAAAGGAACAUGAAUCGGAUUCCAAGUUUGAGCUCACUUACUAUCAGAAGUUGAAUUCGAGUUUCAAAGAGUCAGACAUUUUGUCAAAUUUGACUGAAAAUAAUGUGAUCGGAAGUGGUGGGUCGGGAAAAGUAUAUCGUGUUGAGUUGAACUGUUCAAGUGAAAUUGUAGCAGUUAAGAGGAUUCAGAAUAUCAAGAAGUUGGAUCAAAAUGUCGAGAAGCAAUUCCUAGCAGAAGUUGAGAUAUUGGGCACAAUUCACCAUUCCAACGUAGUGAAUUUGUUGAGUUGCAUUUCUAGUGAGACUACAAAACUUAUUGUUUAUGAGUAUUUGGGAAACCAUAGCUUGGAUAGUUGGCUCCAUGGAAAAAAGAGGCAAAGCAUAUCGGAUUCAGACCACGGUGUUGUCUUGGAUUGGCCUAAGCGGUUGAAAAUUGCCGUGGGAGCUGUCCGAGGGCAAUGCUACAUGCACCAUGAUUGCAAACCUUCAGUAAUUCACCGAGAUGUGAAAUCGAGCAAUAUUAUGUAG